AUGGCAGACACUCUUGCUGUCGCUGUCCCUGUCGCUCCCGCUAUCACCACCACAUACCAGCGAGCGGCCGCAAAGACAAUCCCCGUCAGUCCUAUCACGUCGGCUCCGAUAAUAUUCACACAACGAGACUUAAUCAGACGAGCCGAGGACACCAUCGAUGAUAACACCUGUGGCUGGGUCAACGGCGACUACACAACCUUCGCCGGACCCGAAGGAUACACCUACCUCAGCUGCACCAGCAGUUCAGGUCCCACACAAACCAUCGCCCUCACAUAUGACGGCGGAAACGCCACCAUGGAAAACUUACCCCGGUAUUUCUCGGACUUCUGGUACAGCAGCAGCGGAAGUGCUAUAGCAUCGUCGUUAUCCUCAGCAUCAGCUACAUCUAGUGCCUCAUCUUCCAGCACUCCGGAAUCGGCUGCGUCAGACGUCCAGUCCUGGCUAGAUGAGCACAAAGGGGCCAUCAUCGGCGGCAUAGCCGGGCUCUGCGUAGUUGUUGCGCUGCUUGUUUUCGGCUGCAUCUGCGUAUGGCGAAGGAGGAGGGUCAAAGUCAGUGCUGGAAGUGGUGGGAAAUAUGCUCCAGCGUCGCAACAGAUGCCUCACCAGGAGGCGUACCAAAUGCAGUCCCAAGGAGCGUAUCAGCCUAGUUACCAGGGAAAUUUCCAGAGUCAGCCUUAUGAUGGUGCUGGUGUCUAUGUGCCGCCACAUCGAUAG